AUGGGCAUUCGUAUAAAUGCUCAGAAUCCGCAAGUAGCAAAUACACGUGUGCCAGUAUUCAUACCAAUAUCCUUGGUACAUGACAUUUUCAUUCAACCAAGCAUCCCAAAUGUGAUUUGUAUUGUCUACGAUGAAAUACAAUCGAAUAUGAAAGGUGUUCUAUUGUAUGUUGUUCAGCCAGCGGACGCAAUGUUACUCAGAGAAGAUUUUCGUAUUAUUAAACAGCAAAUACCCGGACAUAUGCCUUCACCCUAUAUAAAUCCGUUUGAUUCACGUUAUGCAAAUGCAAACAUAAUUGGACAUAAUCAAAUACCACCACCACCAUAUACUACUUACCUUCCACCACAACAUCAUGAUCAACCUGUUCGUUUAGAACCAAGUAUGUUACAGCGAAUUUCACCGCCCAUUGCCGAAGUUUACAGGGGCAACGUACUAGGAGCUCCGCCAUUGCGACGAAUCUAUUAUUUAAAUAACGGUUCAAAUCGUGUUUCACCAACCGGUCCUUAUUCUAAUUUGCCACAGUUGAGUUACGCACCUUUAAAAAGUAGUUACAGUGGUCAUGAACGACGUAGAAGUCCUAGAAAAAAACCUCAUACAAAACCAUCAAGUGAUAAUGGUAGCAAACAUCGACGAAAAGUUCAGUCCGAUCGGUCAAGAUCAUUGGAAAAAAAACAAAAAGCGAGAUUUGAUCCUAAUUAUUUACCAAAACAUAACCACAGUGAAGGAUUAAGUCACAAUAAUUUAUCACCUCAACAACUUCAACAACUUCUAUACCAGCAACAACAACAACAAAUGGCAGCUAUGAUGGCAAUGCAAAAAGCAAAUCAAGUUCCAAUAGUACCAAUGGGUAUCUAUAACAGAUAUGUGCCAAAAACAAUACCUUUACCAUCAGGUGACACUAUCAAAACAGCCAUUCCUCAGCCACCAGUUAUAAAUGGAACUGGUCACAAUCAUGCAGUAAAUGGCGCAGCAGUAGCAUUUAUUCAACCCGCUCAAAAUAAUUUAACAAACAAUCGUUCGAAAUCAAGAUCAAUUUCACGUUCGUCAUCGAGAAAUCGACACAAAGAACGACCAGCAAGUACUCAAAAUCCUAUUGAAAUACUCGAAGCACAUCGCCAUCAUCAUCAUCAUCAUCAUUCUCACAAACUACCAACAGAUGGUAUUAAUUGGGGCGCACAGACAAUGAAAGGUUUACCAACACAAAAUCGUCGAAAAUAUAGUGAAGAUAAAGAAACAAAACAAUAUUUAAAACAAUUACUUGAUGAAGUACACAACGUUAAAACGGAAAUGAAUAAAAUAAAACAAACAGCGGCAAUGAAAAAUCGUUCUGAUUCAUUAAAAAUUGAUUUAAGAGAAAUCAAAGCGGAUAUUGAACAAAUUCGAACAAGAGUCCAAAAUCAUGGGACAUAA